AUGUUUUGGAGCGGUAACUAUAACAUAGUUAGGGGUUUAAAUAAUCUCCUGAAAGAGGAGAAUGUUACAUUGACUCAAGUGUUGGAGGCGGAUGAUAUUUUGCAAGAAUGUAAGGCCGACAACACAGCGCUCAUACUUUUUUUAACAAAAUCAGAAGUUUUAGCAGAGCUUAUAACUCUUAUCAUAGAGGAACCUCCUAAAAAUGUUGAUAUGACAUCUCAGUACCGUCAUGCGCACAUUGCAAGCGAAGUUCUCACCAGUCAGCUCACUAUGUUGAGUGACCGCCUCUCUAGGGAUGUUGUGCAAAUGAACCGGCUUUGUGACUUUGUCAACAAAGAUCCACCAUUAAAUCCAUUACUGGCAUCGUACUUCAGUAAGACUAUUGAAAUGUUGCUUGAAAGGAGUCCAAAGCAAGACUGGUACCUGUACCACAUCGUGUGCCUCCGUGUUUUGGACUUCUUUAAAUCGAGACGAGAUUUUUUACCCAAUCUCUUGCGGCAUAUUUCAACUUCAACAAUUGCAGACAUUUUUAAAUACUUUAUAAGGCUUGAGGACCCAUUUAACAAAAUAAUUUUGGAGUGGUUAGAAGAGAAUCAGUUCCUAGAAAGUCUCAUUCACAUAAUUUGCGGGACAUAUGAACCUGAAGAAAUACGACAUGCCUCCAUCACUGAUGGUGAAGAGAGGUCACCCGACCAAAUUGAGAAGGGCCAGCAAGAGACCAGUGAGAAGGUUGAGAUGAAUCAUAAAGACGACAAUGGCAAAGAAGGGACUGAUAAAGAAGAUGCCGAGAUUACGGAGCGCCACUCCAAGCGGCUCAUCGCCGAAGCCGGUCGGGCGUCCGCCAACGCGGCCGCCCUGCUCUGCGACCUGCUGCUGGGCGCCUGCGCCUCCGCCAAUUCCGGGAUAAAGCCGCUGACGAGCUGGCGGCUGGUGACGCGGCUGCGGUCGGAGGAGUGCGUGCGUCUGCUUCUCCAGUGCAUGUUCACCUCGCCGCCGGCGAUGCGCCGCCACGCCAUUGUCAACGGCUGCCAGCUUCUGCUGGCGUUGCUGCCACACGACUCCCUAUCGGGCGGUGAGAGCGAGGCCGAGGGUGCGUCCGCCAGCGCGAGUGUCCAGCGUGCGAUAGCACCGCACCUGCCGCUGCUGCACCAGGCGCUGCUGCGGCCGCCCGCGGUGCCCACGCCGCCUAAGGACGACACGACCGAGGCGGACACGGACGCGUCGAAUAGCGCCGCGAAACCGCAAAAUAGAGAGCGUAGCGCGCACGACGACGACAGGGUCAACGACCGCACGGCGGGAGGCUCCCGGGAGAACCGCGAACGGAACGACGCAAGAGCCGCCGCGACGGACGAGCUCGCGAACGAGCGAACGGACGAACGUCCGACCGAACGUGCGAACGAAGGUCCGAACGAACACGUGGGCGUGGACGUGAACGCGAACGAGACGUCGGCCGAGCACAGCAACGGGCGCUCGGACGGUGACGCGCAAGGGCGCGGAGAGCACGCAAACGAACACGCAGACGAGAACACGGAUGAGACGAAGAGGCGAGCAGACACGCAGGCAAACAAGCAAGCGCAGUCGGGCGUCGUCGGCGCCGCGCGCGUCCACGUGGCGGCCCUGAUCGCCCAGCUCGCCUUCUCGGAGGUGGAGGAUGUGCACAACGCACUGCUCACUCUGGGCACGGCGGGCGUGCUGAUAGACAUGUUCUUCGACUACCCGCAGAACAACUUCCUGCACACCCAGGUCUACAUCCUCGUCCACAAUGCGCUCUCCAACAGGGUCUACGGGGAGCGGUACGCGGACCACUUGAUAGAUGAUUGCAAUCUAAUAACAAGGCUGAUGGACACAUACGAAGAGAACGAGAACACAAAG